AUAAUCUGUGAUUAUUUUCGUUGUAGUUGGAUGUUGGUAUUUACUGGGAUCAGGUAGAUCAGUGUUUGCAGUUGUAUGUAUUAUUGUAUUCUUUGAAAUAUAACUAAAAACAACUAAUUUGCUUACCGAAAUGGCUAUGAUGCAACGGCGGACAAAUGUGAGACUACCACCUGAAGUCAACAGAAUAUUAUAUAUUCGUAACCUUCCAUACAAGAUUACUGCUGAGGAAAUGUACGAUAUAUUUGGGAAAUACGGAGCAAUUCGGCAAAUUAGAGUUGGUAACACUCCUGAAACAAGAGGAACAGCAUUUGUUGUAUAUGAAGAUAUUUUUGAUGCUAAGAAUGCUUGUGAUCAUUUAUCAGGCUUUAAUGUCUGUAAUCGGUACCUUGUUGUAUUGUAUUACCAGUCUAACAAAGCGUUCAAGAGGAUUGAUAUUGAUAAGAAGAAGGAAGAAAUUGACAAGAUGAAAACAAAAUAUGGUAUUAAUGCUGAAGAGAAGAAAUGAAAUGGUGGUGAAAGUUAUUACUUUGAUGAACUUGGGACCAAAAGGAAUACAUGUUUCACAAGAAUAGCUUUCAUUUUCAUAUUUUUAUUUUCACUUUCCAAUUUUAUUAAGAAGGACAGGGCAGAAUGAGAGUAUAAUUGUAUGAGGCUAAAAUUAUAAUUAAAUUGAAGAAGAUGUGUAGGGUGAUAUGUGGAGUUCAAUUAUUACUUACAGAUGACCAUCUUCUGGGUUGUAGUGCCGUAUAGUCUGGUAGAAGUUAACCAUUGUUUCAAAGGACCUUGCUGCCUCCACCAUCUGUGUACUCACUGCUGUGAGAACUUCAUAUCCUGCUCACACAGUCUUGUUUCUAUGGUAUGGCUCUAUAUGAAAUAACCCACAAUAUACAGCAAUAAUAGGUACUUUAUUACUUCAGUAAAUAAUUUUUAUAGGGCAUGUUUGAAGUGAGAACCAUUACUUGAAGGCACUCAUUAAAGUCAUUAAUUAACAUUUUCAUAUAUUCUUUGAAUAGUGCUAUGUCAAACAAAACUAUGAAUUGUGUGUGAAAGAUUUUUGUAAUAUAUUAAGAAUUGUAUACUGUUGAAAAUUAUAUACAAUAUAUUCCCAAUUAUCAGA